AUGUCAAUAGGCAGCAGAAUGCACCCUGACAUCUCAUUACCCCAAAGUAGUGGGCUUAAUGUUGAGCAACAUCAGAUUGUUGAGCAACCUCAAAUUGUUGAAAAACCUGAAAUUAUUCUGCAGCCUGCAUUCCAGGAUGAAGUUAAUGAUAUCCCAACACCGCAAGUUAUGGAGGAUAACAUUGAGGCUUCAAUUCCAGAAAAUGAUGUUGUGAUUCAACAACAAAAUCAGCCUGCACCUGUAGUGACUAGUCGUAGUGGGAGAAUUAUUAGAAAACCUCUCCGGUUUGCGCUCUUAGGAGAAUCUUAUGAUAGAAUCCCUGAAGAGCCUCACAGAGAACCUAUUAAUUACGACGAAGCACUACAGGAUACAGAUGUUGAUAAAUGGGUUGAUUCUAUGAAAUCUGAAAUGGAAUCCAUCUACUCCAAUCAAGUAUGGGAUCUUGUAGAACCACCUACUGGAGUCAAACCCAUUGGUUGUAGAUGGAUCUAUAAGAAAAAGAAAGGAGUGGAUGGAAAGUGCAAACUUUUAAAGCUAGGCUUGUUGCAAAAGGGUUUACUCAAAAAGAAGGGAUCGGUUAUGAGGAAACUUUUUCGCCAGUAG